GACGAAGUGUCGACCGAUUGUGAAAGGAAAUCAGCUGAUAUGUAGCAUAUCCAUGGGAUUGCAAUAAGAAUUUAUCAGAUAACGUGAAAAACUUCUUCAAAAGAUGAAACUCGAUUUGAAGGGACGACUGCUUUUCCUCUGGGUGUGUUUCAUGCUGCUAUACUCUACUGAAUCAUUCACCUGGACUGUGCAACCAGCCAAUGUAACAUUUGUAACAAAAGGAGAAGACGUGUCACUCACAUGGAAGUUCACUCUAACUGCUGAUGAACAGAAUAAGAGUCAGACAUUUUAUCUUAUUCAGUGGAAAAAGUUUAAUCAGAAAAGUUCAGAUUAUGAUGUGAUUGCUUCCACAACCUUUUUAAAUCUCGUUGGGAUACCUAGUUACACUGAACACGAAGCCCCACAUAUUGAGAUUGUCAGAAGUGAUCAAGCCACAUUACUCAUCAAGAAUGUCACGACAGAAGAUGAAGGAACAUACAGGAUUGAGUACCGCGUACAAUUUGGUGCAACUCUUAUUGCUGAUCAUCAAGUAAAUGUUACAGUUUUAGAACCUCCUGAAGUUGUUGUUAGCAAAGACCAAGAUGUUUGUGAGGGUUCUACAGUAAUUUUGAGCUGCAAUGCAACUGGUAAACAAAUGCCAAAUAUUACAUGGACAAAAGAAGAGGGAAAUGGUAUUGACAGUGGACCACUACCAUCUGUGGAUGGGCUUCAUGUCAUCAGUAAUAGUAACAAAAGCACAAAUGGAACAUACCGCUGUACAGCAUCCAAUGGAGUUGGGAAUCCUGUAAAUCUGACAACAAAGGUGAUUGUGGGAAAUUCUUCAUCUGUGGAUGAUGUAGUUAUCUCUUCAAAUACUGUGGUUGAAGGUUACCCAUAUAACCUGAGUUGUGAGGUAUCUGGGGUUCCUGAGCCAAGUGUUUCUUGGAUCAAAGUUAGCAAUGGUGAGCGCCAUGCUGGGAAGUUAUUAAAUUUUACUAGUAUUAGCAGAAAUGAUGCUGGGAACUACACAUGUGAAGCAAGUAAUAGAUGUGGAAAGGACUCUAAGACUGAAGCUAUGGAUGUGUUCUUUGGACCUGAGCUUACCCAGUUCACAACAUCUGCUGUCCACCACAAAGUAUGUCAGAAUGAUGUCAUCAGCCUUAACUGUGCUGCUGAUGCCUAUCCACCUGUGACGUCAUACCAGCUGUUUGAGAAUGGUAGUGCUAUCUUGGACACAAACACUUCUGGAAUGUGGAGUAGGAAUAUGUCAACUAUGGGAGUGUUCAUAUACAAAUGUUUCGCAAACAACACUUAUGAAACAGGAAAUAGUGAAAGGAUUCUUAUUAAUGUGUAUGUGCCUCCUUCCAUACAAGAAAUAGACAAUCAGAAGAUAACUGAGGGGAACAAUGUGACUCUUACAUGUCAGGCAUCUGGAGACCCUCCACCAGAGACGUUUUGGAUCAAGCCUGAUGGUCGGCGUGUUACCAAAAAAGUCUUGACACUUACAAACAUUACAAGCAAUGAAACUGGGGAAUACAGGUGUGAGGCCACUAAUUAUUGUGGAAACGUUUCAAGGACAGCAAGUGUUUAUGUGCAAUAUGGUCCAAAAAUUCCCAUCGAGUCCAGUAAUUGCAAAGAGUAUGUUAAAAAAGGUGAUCAUUUUUCCAUGGAGUGUCCUGUAGAGGGAAAUCCUCAACCAAACAUUACGUGGUCUGAAGGAGGGAGAAUUCUAAGUCACAACAAAUCCAAAAUCACUCUCAAAUCCCAGCAUAUUGGUGAGCACAUAUAUACGUGUACUGCUUACAAUGGAAUUGGGAAGCCUGACAGCUUAACGUUUCUCCAUGUUGUAAACGAUAUUGUAAAAAAGGAUUUUAUUUACAAGAUGAAAGAAAAAUCGGAAUUUACGAGGCAAUUAAGCGAAGACAACAAAAAACAAAUAGAAGUUCAAGAGAAGAUCACGAAAGUUAUUCCAGAAUGUCAUAAACAUGAAGUUGGCAAAAUCGAAUUCAGGCCAGGAAGCAUUAUCAUAUAUAUUCAUCUCUCAUUCGAAAAACCCAUGGGGCAAGAGGCAUUAACAACUAUGCUUCAAGAAGCUGCCAGAAAGGGGCGCUUUGGCAAAAAUGUUGAUCCUGAUUCAAUUACAGAUGUAUCAGACAUCCCAGGUAAGCCAAGAGUAUGUGUAAGGUGA